AUGGAGGCUCUUAUAAAAGUGCAACAGGACUUGUACUUGAGAAUUGAUAAGGCAAAAAGUAACUUUAAAAAAUCACCCAAGGAACGACUUAACUCUGCAGAUUACCUCAAAACAAGAAUAGAAAAUUUAGAAUCUUUAUGGAAUCAGUUUAUGACAACUCAUACUCAAAUCAUUAAAGAGUCUAGUACACUUGAGUUCACCGAGUAUAUAACUGAAGACAUAUAUUCUAAUGCGGAAGAGUUAUUCACGGAUUAUAAGUCGGAUCUAAAGGCUGCCUUAAGCAAAUUAAAUAUUUACGUUCCUGCUAAGAGCACUGAGCCUACCACUGUUGAGAAUAAGUCGGAUGUUGGGCAAGGCAAGUCAGUGAUGGUCAAGUUACCAAAGAUUUCAAUUCCUACGUUUUCUGGCAAUUAUUCUGAGUGGACUAGCUUCAGAGAUUUAUUCACGUCGCUCAUACAUAAGAACAGAGAUUUAGACGACGUUCAAAAAUUGCACUACCUGAAAGGUUAUUUGGUUGGUGAAGCUGAACAGCUUCUGCGUCACGUACAGAUCACGCAAGAUAAUUACAGCGCAUGUUGGGAGAAAUUAGAAAAGCGCUACAAUAAUAAGAAGUAUCUUUCCAACUGCAUUCUCAAACGCUUCAUGAGUCAGAAGAAUAUUAUGACAGAGUCCGCGAAUGCACUCAAAGAAUUGCUGGAUACUACGAAUGAGUGUCUGAAUGGAUUAAGCAAUUUAGGCAUCGACACAACUACAUGGGACAUAAUUGUGAUUCAUAUAAUUUGUCUGAAAUUAGACAACGAGUCUAGGAAACAGUGGGAACUUAAGGUUAGCGAGUCUUCUGAUGAUUUGCCCACACUCAACCAACUUCGAGAAUUUUUAGAAACCCGAUUUAGGGCAUUAGAAUGUUUGGAUGGGAAAUCAUCGAAGACCAGCUUUAUCCCAAAGAAACCCAAUGCACCAUGUAUAACCCUCAGAUGUUUAAUCGACCAAUGCUCGGAAGCCUCUUUUAUAACGGAGUCUGCAGCACAACUGCUGGGACUUAACAAGGUUUACCAUAAGAGCACAGUCACGGGACUAGGCGGUGAAGAGAGUUCACCUGUGAACUCUAAGUCGGUGGUAAAGGUAAAAAUUUCAUCACUCCUAGAACCUGACUUUGAAGUGAACGUGCAUGCUCAUGUUUUGGGCAAGGUAACAUCGAAUCGUCCGAGGAAAUUUAUAGACAUUGAUUCGUGGUCAGAUCUGUCUAAAUUAGAUUUAGCAGAUUACACAUUCAACAUUCCCGGGAAAAUCGACUUGCUUUUAGGAGGAGAGGUGUACGGUCAAAUACUGUUAAACGAAAUGAUCAAAGCUCCACAGGGAGCACUCAUCGCUCAGCGAACGUCUUUAGGCUGGAUUGUUUCAGGGCCAACUCACCUAGGUGAGUCGGAAAUUCGUACAAGUGUUAGCGUUAACCACAUUCAUUUAGAUGAAAACGAGCUGCUCAAGAAAUUUUGGGAACUCGAGGCUGACCAUAAUACGACAGAUCCCAAGCGUUAUUACAAUGAAGACGAGAAGAAAUGUGAAGAAUUUUUCAAUGCUACCACUGAACGUGAUAGCACCGGUAGAUACAUUGUGAAACUACCAUUUCGUGAUCAAGACCCCAGUUGCAAACGUGGAAACUUUGUGCCUAUUGCAACUAGGCGUCUCAACCAAUUGGAGAAGAGGUUUGCAAAAGAUGCUGAGAUGAAGAAACGCUACUCAGAUGUCAUCAAUGAGUACCUUGAGUUAGAACACAUGGAAGAAGUUCCUCCAGAACAGGAGAACAACCCAGAUGCAGUUUAUUUGCCACAUCAUGCUGUCAUCCGAGAUGACAGAUCGACGUCAAAGCUGCGUGUGGUCUUUGAUGCUUCUUGUCCUGGCUCCAAUGGCGUUUCGUUAAAUCAAGACCUGUUAAUUAAGCACUUGAGACUGCUCCGAGUCACCUUUGGUACGGCCUCAGCACCUCAUCUUGCAGUGCGUGCGCUUCAGCAAGUAGCCCACGAUGAAGGAGCACAAUAUCCAAAUGCUGCUGAUAGGGUCCUCAACCAUUUUUAUGUGGAUGACUUGUUAACAGGCUGUGAAUCCGUGGAUGAAGGUAAAGUGGUUUACCAAGAGAUGAAUGAACUCUUGCAAAAAGGUGGAUUCGAGUUACAGAAAUGGAGCAGUAACAGUGAAGAAUUAAUGAGGCAUAUGAAAGAAAGCGAUGUCAAAGAGGAAGGUAGCUUACAGCUGAAAAUAGACGCUGUCAUGAAAAUCCUAGGACUUGUUUGGAAUCGCCGAAAUGACGAAUUUAAAUAUUCGGUUCAGCUACCUCCACUCAAAGUUCCUGUAACUAAAAGAAGUGUCAUAUCUGACAUAUCAAGGUUGUUUGAUCCGCUUGGUUGGUUGGCUCCAGUGAUCAUCGUAGCCAAGAUAUUCAUCCAGAAAUUGUGGCUUUCGGGAAUCGAAUGGGAUGAUGAAGUACCACCACAAUUACUGAAGAAUUGGCUAAGCUAUAGGGAAAGUCUAAACCAACUUACCAAAUUCAAGCUACCCAGAUGGAACCAUGCUAGUUCUCAUGUGACUGCAGAACUGCAAGGAUUCUGCGACGCUUCCAAUGAAGCUUUUGCUGCUGUUGUGUACUUGAGGACAAUAGACGAAGAGGGAAAUGUAGACGUGUCACUCAUCACAUCCAAGACGAAAGUGGCACCAAUUAAACAAAUUUCAAUUCCACGUUUGGAAUUGUGUGGGGCUGUACUACUUACGAAAUUACUGAUGGAAGUAGCCGACGUUAUGAGUAUUAACAAGGCAAACAUACACGCUUGGACUGACUCUACAGUAGUCAUUUCUUGGCUGAACAGUCGUCCAAAUCGAUGGAAAACUUUCGUCGCAAACCGGGUAUCUGAAAUAAUAACGUCAGUAGAGCCACACCAAUGGUCCCAUGUCUCGUCGAAGAAUAAUCCUGCAGACUGCGCGUCUAGAGGCACACAGCAGCUGAGUAAAGAAGAACUGUGGUUAGAAGGUCCAUCAUGGCUGAAAAAUAAAGAGAUUAGUUACAAGAAACCAAACAUAAAAGAUACAAACUUAGAAGAAAGGAACACUAAAGAAUGUUUCGUGAAUACUCACGAUAGUAAUAAUGUCACAGCAGAUGCUGAAGAGACUCUCAUUUCAAAGUUUUCGAAGCUGUGGAAACUGCUACGCGUUCUGGCUUUCUGCAAAAGAAUCUUUAAAUAUGCUAAAAAAGAAAAAGUGAGUUUGUGGUUAACAAGCAGCGAAAUCCAAGAAACUUUGAAGACUUGUAUAAAGAUAGUUCAAGCGAAUCACUUCAAAGAAGAGCUGAAGAACCUGAAAGAAAACAAAAUGAUUAAUAAGAAGAGUCAACUUACCUCAUUGAACCCAAUUGUAGACGAAGAUGGUGUCUUGAGAGUUGGUGGAAGAUUACAGCAAGCUGGAAUCACUGAACAAAUGAAGCAUCCAGUAAUAAUUCCACAUAAGUCACACUUCACAACGUUAAUAUUGGACAAUGCGCACGAAAAAACUCUGCAUGGCAAUCCACAACUGAUGCUCAAUUAUUUGAGAUCCAAAUAUUUUGUGAUUGGAGCAACCAAUUCGGUUAAGUUAUUCGUUCGUAAAUGUGUGACAUGCGCUCGCUACGCCGCUGCAAUGAGACAUCCACUGAUGGGACAGUUGCCGUCAGUUCGAGGAACUGUCAAUCGCCCUUUCUUUCAAAGUGGUGUAGACUAUGCUGGUCCAAUAAACAUGCGCACCUCAAAGGGAAGAGGCCACCGCUCUUACAAAGGCUACAUUUGCCUUUUCAUUUGUAUGGCUACAAGGGCAAUACAUCUUGAAGCAGUCAGUGACUUGACAGCUCAAGGCUUUAUUGCAGCCUUCAAACGCUUUACCGCACGUCGUGGUCACUGCGCCGAUUUGUGGAGCGACAAUGGAACAAACUUCGUGGGAGCUGCUCGUGAGUUGAAACAGUUGUACGCCGAAGAAAAAUCAAGCGUAGCUGUAGAAAUUGCCGAUCAGCUCGCCUCAAACUCCACUAAUUGGCAUUGGAUUCCUCCACACUCUCCAAACUUCGGAGGCCUCUGGGAGGCGGGAGUUAAAUCCACAAAACAUCACCUCAGACGAGUGAUUGGAAACUCCACUUUGACGUUUGAAGAAAUGUCCACAGUCCUGGCUCAAAUCGAAGCAUGCCUUAAUUCUAGGCCUAUGUCAAGAAUUAAUAGUAGCAACAGUGAUGAUCCUAUACCUCUCACUCCUGGGCAUUUUCUGGUUGGAGAACCUCUAAUACUUGUGCCAGACUCUAACUAUGAAAUCAGUUGCCUCAUGGUGGGCGGAAAUAAGGACACUUGUGUUAUUAUUGUCCUUGGUGGGCGGAAUGUCUAA